UCUUUCAAGAGAAACCCUGUUGCUCUGUGUCCCAGCAAACACAGCAGUGGAGCCCAUUCCCGACCAACAAGUACCUAUACGGAUAGCUUGUCAAGACCUCAACAACACCACAAGCACAAGCAGAAGCAAUGGCAGCGGCCAACGAGACACUCCCGCCCGGCGACCCAGCCCCCGAAUUGCUAGAAGGACGCCUCUGGGUUGACGGCUGCUUCGAUUUCUUCCACCACGGACAUGCCGGAGCCAUGGUGCAGGCCCGCCAGCUCGGCGACGAGCUCUACGUCGGCGUGCACUCGGACGAGGCCAUCCUCGAAAACAAAGGCCCCACCGUCAUGAACCUCAAAGAACGCCUCCUCGCCACCGACGCCUGCCGCUGGGUGACCAAGUCGAUCGCGCACGCGCCCUACGUGACGCAGCUCGACUGGAUCAGCCACUUCGGGUGCAAGUACGUGGUGCACGGCGACGACAUCACGUCGGACAGCAGCGGCGAGGACUGCUACCGCUUCGUCAAGGCCGCGGGGCGCUUCAAGGUGGUGCGCCGCACGCCCAGCAUCUCGACGACCGACCUGGUCGGCCGCAUGCUGCUGUGCACGCGGGGGCACUUCAUCCGCUCGCUCGAGCGGGUGCUGGCCGGCGAGGAAGGCCCCGGCACCGAGGCCGAGCGCGCCGAGAACGCCGCCGCCAUGCUGGAGCGCAUCCGGCUGUACGCGACCGACGAGACCGCCCGGAAGCCCGGCGCGCACGUCUGGUUCUGGCGGCCCGAGGGCGGCUUCAGGGAGCUGUUCGCCGGGGUGGGGCCGAGGCCCGGCCAGCGCGUGGUGUACGUGGAUGGCGGGUUCGACCUGUUCUCGAGCGGCCACAUCCAGUUCCUGCGCAUGGUGACGGAGGCUGAGGAGGAGCUGGCCAGGCAGGACGGCUGGUACUCGGAGCAGGCGGUCAACGAGCGGCGCGGCAAGGGCGCCGACUACGGGCCCGUCUUUGUGGUUGCUGGCGUCCACGAUGACGAGGUUAUCAACACUUGGAAGGGGGUUAACUACCCCAUCAUGAACAUCUACGAGCGCGGUCUCUGCGUUCUGCAGUGCCGGUAUGUCCAUGCCGUCAUCUUCGGCGCGCCGUUCACGCCCACCAAGAAGUAUCUUACCUCGCUCCCCUGGGGCACGCCCGAUGCUGUCUAUCAUGGCCCGACGUCCUUCAUGCCUUUCACCACCGACGUCUACGCCGAGCCCAAGGAGAUGGGCAUCUACCGCGAGAUUGGCCACCACGAGUUUGAAGACGUCAACGCCGGCACCAUCGUGCAGAGGAUCAUGAAGAGCAGGGAUCUGUACGAGGCGCGCCAGAGGGCCAAGGGGAUGAAGGCCGACAUUGAGGCCGCACACAAGCAGCGUGAAUUGCUCGAGGAAGAGCAGCGUAAGAGGGAGACCACGCGGCAGUGAAGCAUGCGGGCAUGCAGCAGGGGGUACAUAAUACUGUUCAACCACGAGCGUGAGAAGAAAUUGGAAAGGCGAGAAUGGCUUCAACAAGCCUCGAGCGACGACCAGCGGUGAAAGCGGGCCACGAUAGACGUCAACU